UGUGAAGACCCGCCCCUACUCUGAUUGGUAGGUUUCAGCACGAGGAGUGAGAUGGGGUGGGUCUUAACGGAAUACACGCGAGAGAGAAGCCAAGCCAUAACAAGUGGUGGUAUAGGACAGAUAGACGUCCCACGUGUUUUGCGGAUAGAUAAUGAGCCAAACGCGAAAACGCAGCAGCAUUUGGAUGCACUUUAAACAAAAUCCAGGCAGUGAUAAAGCGGAGUGCACCAUUUGUAAAGGAAAAAUAUCAUUUAAAGCAGGGUCAACCAAUAAUCUUCAUCGCCACUUAAAAACACAGCAUCCGACGGUGCAAGUGGCCGAGCUGAGACAACAAGGUUCCAAUAAUAAUGACGGAGACGGCGCCAGUGCUUCUGCUGAAACCCCGACCACAUCAAGUCAGUCAUCAUCUGAAACUACCAAUAGGCCUACAUUAGUGCCUGGCCAGGCACCAAGCUCUCAUAGAACCACUGGCACAAUACCUAAAACAAAACAGACUCAUCUCCACAGUUAUGUAGCACCUGUCAUAACCCCAAUGAGACAAGGUAAGAUAGAUGAAGAGCUUGUUAAAAUGAUUGCAACUGACUUCCAGCCAUUCAGUAUUGUGGAAGACAAAGGAUUCAAGCGAUACAGCAAUGCUCUCAACCCUUCCUACAGUCUUCCAUCAAGGAAGACAGUAUCCCAGACAAUUGCAAACAUGUAUCAGAGAGAAGCAGCAUCACUGAAGGAAAAGGUGUCUAAACUGUCAGCAGUUUGCUUAACCGUAGACUGUUGGACAUCAAGGGCUACAACCUCAUUUAUGGCAGUAACAUGCCACUUCAUUGAAGAUUUCAAGAUGUCCUCCUGCCUAUUGGACUGUUUUGAAUUUAGUGAACGGCACACAGCAGACAAUCUGGCCAAAAAGCUUCUCAAUGUUGCAAAAGAUUGGAAAGUGGAAGGUAAAGUGGUUUGCUGCGUAACUGACAAUGCUGCUAACAUUACAAAGGCUAUACAAAUAGCAAAAUGGACCCACCUUCCAUGCAUGGCACAUACUAUCAAUUUGAUUGCCAGAGAUUCCCUCAAAGGCCUAAAACCCAUUCUGGAUAAAGUGAAAGAGGUGGUGGAAUACUUUCACAGGAGCACAGUGGGUGCAGAAAAACUGAAGGCCACUCAAAACCAAAUGGGGAUGGCAGAGCUACGACUCAAACAGGACUGCAUCACAAGAUGGAACUCUACAUAUGACAUGUUGAAGAGUUUUCUGAAAUCCAAGGAUGCCAUUAUCUCCACCCUGGCCAUCACAAAUGCAUCAGUCAGCCCUCUAUCCCAAGAAGAAUGGAGCAUACUGCAGGAGGUGUGCACUAUCCUGGAGCCCUUUCAAGAAGUCACUGUUGAGAUCAGUGCAGAAAGCUACGUGACCGCCUCAAUGGUAAUAUUGCUGGCAAAGGGACUGCAGAAAGUCACAGUCAGCCGCCAGGGAAGUGCAACAACACAACAAGCAUCAGAUUUGGGGAACUCGCUAUGUGCAAACAUGGCAAGUAGAUUCCUCAGAAUGGAAUAUAACCACACCCUUGGAGAUGCUACGGCACUUGACCCAAGAUUCAAAAAGGUGGCAUUCGGGGAUGCCAGAGCUGCAGAUGAGGCUUUCCAGAGAAUAGCAACUGCAGCAGGAAGAGUCACUCUCAGCAGCAGCGAACCCAGCCAGCAACCAGAUCAACAGGAAGGAGCAGGCAGUGCUGCAGAAGGAUCAGUUGUUUGGAGGUAUUUCCAUGACCGUGUCGCUGGUGCAGUGUCAACAAGGAAUCCCACAGCAGAUGCCAUCAUGGAGGUGCGGUCUUACCUAGAGGAGCCUCUUCUUCCAAAAUCCUCAGAUCCUCUUAAGUGGUGGGAAAGUCGAGCCACCUUAUACCCCAGGCUCACCAAGCUCAUGGCUGAAAGGCUUUGCAUUGUGGCAACGUCAGUUCCGUCAGAGAGAAUAUUCUCGAAGACUGGACAAAUAGUAUCAGAGAGGAGAAAUCGCCUUAAGCCCUCAAAAGUGAGGGAACUUGUUUUCCUUAAUGCAAAUUUGCCAUAGAUGAUGGCAUAAUGCAUGCUCAAGCAGCAAGCAGGCCAUAGGCCAGGAGCAGCUCAUCUCCUGUUUUUGACAAAGCAGCUCACAGAUUUUUCUCUAUUUUAUUUUACUCUGUUUUUAUAAUACUUUAAAUAUUGUUCAGAAGUAGUUUUCCUAUUUAUUCCUAAAUGUUUUUGGUGUUGUUCGAUUUGCAAUAAAAUAUG